CUGGCUCAAUGGAAGCUGCUGCGUGUCAUUGGCAAGGGCGCCUUUGGCAAGGUGCGGGUCAUUCAAGACAAGAAGGGUGACUACUUUGCGCUCAAGUAUAUCAACAAGGAGACAUGUAUAGCGCGUCAGUCUGUGGUCAAUGUUCUCCGAGAGCGCGCAAUCUUGGCCGGCCUGGAUCACCCGCUCGUGGCGAGGCUGUAUUACGCUUUUCAAGAUGCAGACCAUCUCUACUUUGUUUCUGAAUUGCUGCUAGGCGGAGAUCUUCGCUACCACAUCGUCCGUUUCACAUUCACAGAAGAAGCUAUACGGCAUUGGAUUGCGGAGAUAGCAGCAGCUCUUGCAUACGUUCAUACUCGAGGCAUCGUACAUCGCGACGUCAAGCCAGACAAUGUGUUGCUCGAUGUUGAGGGGCACGCAAAAUUGGCUGAUUUUAACGUUUCUACUCAAGCACGGCCUGGGAAUCUCCCAAAAUCUCGCAGUGGUAGUCUUCUCUACAUGGCGCCAGAAGUGCAUCGUGCGGAUGAGUACGACGGCAUGGCUGAUUAUUGGUCGUUAGGAGUGACUUUUUACGAAUGCAUAUAUGGCUCACGACCUUUCCAUGGCGGCGAUGCGAAGGAAGUCAUGAACAGAGUGAAUUCAGACAAGCCUGCGUUUCCGGAAGUCUCCCCAGCUGUCUCGCGGGAAUGCGUGUCUGCACUAUCUGCAUUACUGCAGAUCGAGCCUCGCGAACGCCUCGGCAGCAAGCCAUUUGCGCAGCACCCUUUCUUCUCUGCACUGUCAUGGAACGCGCUCGAGACAGGAACCUCAGAUCCAAUUUACAAACCCGCUCCCAAGUCGUUUGAUGUUACUUGGGAACUUGAAGACUUGCUCCUCGAAGGGUCACCUCUCGAUGCACGCAGG